AAAUUCAAAACACAGCUCUAGCUGGUGGUAUAUACACCUAUUUUGCAUGUUUUUAGAAGAGAGGAAGGAUUGAUUAACCCUUUUGUUUCCUUAGUUUAUUAAUCCAAGACCCUGUUUUUUUUUUUUUGCAUGUUUUCAGAAGAAAUAUCCUCCAGGUUUUGAUUAAAAUGAGUGGUCAGGGAGUUGCAGCUUAUUACAGUUCUACUACUCCUUUGUUGCCCAACGAAGAUGAUAGAUUAUCUCAAGAAAGUGUUAAGGAUGUAUCACCAGAGAAGAAAGAUUCCUUUCAGUGCCAGUGUCAAGCUUGGCGACCAUCACUUUCAAAGGUUGUUGAAGAGAUCAAGCAGCUUUAUGCCAUAGCCCUGCCUAUGAUCAUUACUGGCCUUCUUAUCUAUGGAAAGUCAGCAAUCUCGAUGUUUUUUAUGGGGAAAUUGGGCAAAGAAGCAUUGGCGGGAGGGUCCCUAUCGAUUGGUAUUGCGAACAUUACAGGCUAUUCUGUCAUUUCUGGCCUGGCAAUGGGAAUGGAAGCUAUAUCUUCUCAAGCCUGCGGGGCCAAACAGUGGCCUCUUAUGGGCCAAACCUUACAACGCACCAUAGCCAUUCUCACAGUAUCCUGUUUGCCCAUUUCAAUAUUGUGGCUAAACAUUGAGCCCAUCCUUCUUUUUUGUGGCCAAGACCCAGUUAUCUCCACGGUUGCCUCUACGUAUCUUGCAUUCUCUCUUCCGGAUCUACUCUUCCAAUCUCUAAUAAACCCUCUCAGAAUUUACCUUAGAACACAAAACAUAACCAUCCCUCUUAUGUUAAGUGCAGCUUUUGCCCUUGCUUUACAUGCUCCUAUCAACUACAUCCUUGUCUAUCAUCUUAGCCUUGGCAUCCAAGGUAUAGCUGUAGCAGUUGCCUUGACAGAUUUGAAUUUGCUUAUAACCCUUUUGCUUUACCUAUGCUUCUCUGGCAUUUGUGAUAAAACAUGGCAAGGUUGGUCCCUGGAAUGCUUUGAUGAAUGGAAGCCAAUACUUUGCCUGGCUAUACCAACUUGCAUAUCUGUUUGCUUGGAGUGGUGGUGGUAUGAGCUUAUGAUAGUCCUUUCAGGGCUUCUCACUAAUGCCCCAGAGGCAGUCGCUACAAUGGGAAUCCUGAUACAAGCAACUUCACUUAUCUAUAUCUUCCCUUCCUCUUUGAGUCUAGCCGUGUCUACACGGGUUGGUAAUGAGUUGGGAGCAAACCAGCCAAGCAAAGCCAAAAUCUCGUCCACGAUUGCAUUAUCAUGUGCUGUUUUGACUAGUUUCAUGGCUAUGUCAUUCAUGACCACAAUGAGAAAUGCUUGGGGACAAAUUUUUACAAAUGAUAAAGCGAUUUUGUCGUUGACAGCAGUGGUGAUGCCGGUGGCAGGGCUCUGUGAGCUAGGGAACUGCCCACAAACCACCGGCUGUGGGGUGUUGAGAGGGAGUGCUCGGCCAACUUUGGGUGCCAACAUAAAUUUGGGAUCAUUCUAUGGUGUUGGGUUGCCUAUUGCAGCUUUAAUGGGCUUUUUCAUGGAUAUAGGCUUGUUGGGCCUUUGGCUGGGACUAUUGGCAGCCCAGGUGGCAUGCGCUAUUGUCUUGGUCAUAGUGGUGGCUAUAACAGAUUGGUCAGUGCAAGCAAAAAGAGCCAGACAGCUGACUGGUAUAAAUGCAGAAGAAGAGGAGGAAGUUCAGAGCAAAUUCCAGGGAUUAUUAUCAGUUAUGCUGGUGAAUUAGCUUGUUUAAGUAUAAAUAUUUACAUAAUUAGUACUUGUCGUUUUUUCUCUCUUUUUUGAGUUCAUUAUAUUAAAAAAUUUUGUAUAUUUGGGUUGUGAGGGACGGUUUUGUAUAGGCUUACAUAUCAGGACCUGCUGUCUGGUUGAGUUUUAAUAUGAAAACCACAAAUAUGUAAUGCAGGUGACCCUAGUUUAUGCAGUGGUUUGAAAGGA